UUGUAGCAACUACUCAGACAGAGCCUGGGAUGGGAGCGGAUCAGUCUUCAUAAACCUAACGGUGCGGUCGGUGGAGACGCUGCGCGAAAACGCUACGUCGCUUUAACUCAGAAAACAUUUCCUUUAUAGACCAAGCCUCAAUGUGUGGGCCUAGUGGGCCUUGGGCAGCCCAGUAGACCAAGAAGACCCUGCACCUCCCCCCGCUACUCACAGGCCUGGAGGCAGAGACAGAGACAGCCAUGAGUACAGGCAAGCCCAGUGGACUGAAACCCCCUACCAAGAUAGGACGCCCUGCUGGAGUGCCAGUGAGGACGUCCCCCUCUUCGGGCGCUGCGAAGGCCUUCCCCCCUACCUCUGCUCCGGAGAGACCCCCGGCCCCCGGCGGGGCCACCUCCCCGGGCCACGAUGGAGCCCCCGGGCCGGACUUCCAGCUGGGGGAGAAGGUCUGGGUGAACGGCAACAAGGCCGGCUGCGUGCGGUUCAUCGGAGGCACCCAGUUCGCCCCGGGCCAGUGGGCCGGGAUCGUGCUGGAGGAGAGCAUCGGGAAGAACGACGGCUCGGUGGCCGGGGUCCGCUACUUCACGUGCGAGGACGGCCAGGGGAUCUUCACGCGGCCGUCCAAGCUGUCCCACACCCCGCUGCCGCAGAAGGAGAAAGAGGAGGCGGUGGUGAACGGAGGGAAGGUUGAUGCCAGCCCGGCCCAAGGUGCCAGCCCAGCACAGGGUGAAUCCAAGGGGGAGGCAGAGGCCACGCCCACCAGCCCCGCGACUGCUGCCCCCGCGACUGCUGCCCCCUCGACUGCUGCCCCCGCUGCCCAGGGCUCGGGCAUCAGGAUGAUGGGAAGUUUAGAUAUAGCACUCCCGACCAGCGGGUCCAUGACCAACCUCUCCGAGACGGACUCAGUCAAGAAGGGCAAGAGGGAGCUGAGGCUCGGAGACCGAGUCCUGGUGGGGGGCACCAAGGCGGGGGUGGUGCGGUUCCUGGGUGAGACGGACUUCGCCAAGGGGGACUGGUGCGGUGUGGAGCUGGACGAACCGCUGGGGAAGAACGACGGGGCGGUGGCAGGAGCCAGAUACUUCCAGUGCAUGCCGAGGUACGGGCUGUUCGCGCCCGUCCACAAGGUGACCCGCAUCGGGUUCCCCUCCACCACGCCCACCAAGGCCAAGAGUGGGCACAGGAGGUCCAUGCUCAGACACAGCCCCAGCGCCUCCUCCAUCAGCUCCCUCAGCUCCGUCACCACCUCCUCCGUCGGCGGGAAGCCCAGCCGGACCGGCCUGUUGACGGAGACGUCGGCCCGCUACGCCCGUAAGAUCUCGGGCACCACGGCCCUGCAGGAGGCGCUGAAGGAGAAGCAGCAGCACAUCGAGCAGCUGCUGGCCGAGCGCGACGAGGAGCGCUUCGAGGUCGCCAAGGCAACCAGCCAGGCGGGGGAGGUGCAGCAGGAGCUGACCUCGCUGAGGAAGGGCCAGGACCAGUAUGCCAUGGAUACGGAGGCGAAGCUAGACCAGCUGCGGAUCCUGGUGGAGGCCGCAGACAAGGAGAAGGUGGAGCUGCUCAACCAGCUGGAGGAGGAGAAGAGGAAAGUGGAGGAUCUGCAGUUCUCUGUAGAAGAGGCCUGCAUCACAAGAGGGGACCUGGAGGCGCAGAGCAAACUGGAGCAUGCCCACAUAAAGGAGCUGGAGCAGAGUCUGCUCUUUGAAAAGACCAAGGCUGAGAGGCUACAGAGAGACUUAGAGGACAAUAGGGUUGCCACGGUUUCAGAGCGGUCCAGGAUCAUGGAGCUGGAGCGGGAGUUGGCUGACCUCCAGCUGAGGCUGCGGGCCUCCAAGCAGACAGAGGGCGCCACUGCGUCACUCACACAGCAGCAGAUCAGCAGCCUCAAGACCCACGCCCAGACCCAGGAGAAGAAGAUUAGUGAGCUGAGUGUGGAUCUGGAGAGCAGAUGCAAGGAGCUUCAGUCUCUAGAGCAAGAUAAAGUCUCCUUAGAAGAUCAACUUAAUAACCUGAAACACCAGCUGGAGUCGGUCGAGGAUGAGAGCAAGAGAGCCGGCAAGAGGGUCCAAGAGCUGGAUAACACAAUAGAACAGGCCAGCGCUGACAGCCAAUCAGAUAAAGAGAAGAGCCAGCGGAGGGAACAGGACCUCCAGCAACAGAUGAUGCAGGUUAAGGAGGAGUCAGAAAAGAUGUCCCAAACUCUGGAGAAACUGGAGCAGGACAAGAAGGAACUGGAGUCCCAGCUGGAGGCUCUGACCCAGCAGAACUCCCAGUACCAGGAGGAGCUCAGCCUCUCCAGGGAGCAGCUCUGUAGAGAAAUUGAGGAACUUAAGCUGGCCUCACAGAACACUCAGCCACACAAGGACUCCAACAGUCAACCAUCAGACAUGAAAGACAGAGAAAGCAUGUUGAACCAAGAAACCUCGAGGGGAAGCGACCUCAUGACCUCCGAUAAGGACCGGGAGCUGGAGAGCCUGAGGAACGAGAUUGCGGUGUUGCGAGCGGAGAAGGCCGUGGCGAAGACCUUGCGGUCGGCGGUGGAGACGCUGGAGAGAGACAAGGCACAGCUCAUGGGCCGCGUGCAGAGCCUGGAGCAAAGGCUCAUGGGAAGGCAGAACUCUGAGGGAGACAGUGUCAAGGACAUUGAACUCACAGGAGACUCCGCCAUGGACCAGAUGAGGGAGGAGAAGGAGUUUGCUGAGGGACAGAUCAACUUCCUGAACAGCGUGAUCGUGGACCUGCAGCGCAAGAACGAGGAGCUGAAGGUCAAGCUGAAGAAGAUGGCGCUGGCCGAGUUCAACGGCAACGACGCCCCCGACGGGCUGGACGGGGGUCUGUCCAAGCGGGAGACCAAGCCCCCUCCCAGGCUCUUCUGCGACAUCUGCGACUGCUUCGACCUCCACGACACGGAGGACUGCCCCACGCAGGCCCAGAGCCCCGACGCCGUCCCGCACACCGCCUACCACGGCAACCCCGCCGUGGAGCGGCCCUACUGCGACAUCUGCGAGGUCUUCGGCCACGCCACCGCCGCCUGCAACGACGACCAGACCUUCUAGAACCCCUCCCGGAACCCUUCCACGGACACUCCAGAACCUUCAAGAGAAAACAUUCCCUGCAACCUCCCCGUCUCCCUCCUGCAAGCUUUUGUAACCGGACGUGUUAAGCUGGUGUCCUUAAGUCCAUGUAACCCAGUAGGAUUGUAGUUUUUAACAACUCCCCCCCCCCCACCCCCCUUCUACAAGUCUAACUCGUGCAACGCUAGAUCCUGCACAACCAAAAAGAUUUUCCAUAUUUAUUUUUUAUACUGUAUUUAAUGUAUAUUACCUAGUGUCCAGAGUACCAGGGAUAAGAUGCACUCCACUGGUUCUUCUGGACCGAAUGCAACGCAGAACACUUUUCCAAAUAUGCUGCUUCUGGUGCAAUAAUCGAUAUCCGAAUAUGUUGUCGUGCUGCGCGUUUCUAAUGUGUUUUCUAUUUUAAUUUUUUCUUGAUUUAUUUUUUAGAUUCAAGAAGAGUGACCGCUUUUGUCUGAUUGCGAUUGGGAAUCGUUUAUGCGCGGAAAAAACUAAAAAGCAAAGAGGAAUGAUAAGCACAAAAAGUAAAACAUUCCAGUUAAAUAGCGGUAAAACAGCAGGUAACAAAAUUAACUGCCAUGUUCUGUUUUGUACUUUUCUUGUUAACGUAUAACAAUAACCUGUAUUUCGUGGAUUAUUGACCUGUGUACAAACAAGUAACUUAAAACAGCUUUACACCAUGCAGUGUCUGACGCUCUAUUAACCAUUUCCUCUCAUUUCAUUCGAGACAACUAUAGUUGUAUUAUACCAGCAUAGGCCUUUCAAAAGUUGCUUUGUUUUCUCUUUUGUUUUAUUUAUUCAAUUUUAGUAUUUUUUCAUUUGUCGUUCAGACAUGUAUAGAUAUAUAAACUAACUAAUACUACUUCUUGUGUCACUGUAGUGACAAUAGGAUCUUAGCACAAAUACACUGCAUGUCCUAGACAAUUCUCAAACUAGAAGUCUCUGCUCACCUAGUAUUGCACACUCCACUUUAAAGAUUUCAAUUUACAAAUUCUACACCCUAUUUUUCUUCCCUCAUGAGUUCCUUGUAUAGAUCAAAUCUAGAAUAGUUCAGAGAUGCCAUCCAUGUUUAUGUUGCCUGUGGACUGAAAAAACAACAACUUUUUUGAGUAAAGUUUUGGAGUUAGGUGUACAGAAAUUCCACGUUAAAAUCACAAAUAUAGAUCUUAUUGAAUCUUACAUUAACAAUGUAACAUUAGCUUUGUGACUCUUGACACACAUGGUUGUCAGAUUCAAUCUUUUCCUCUGCUAAAUGCCAUCGGCACAAAUAUAUUUAUGUUAACUGUGUUUUUCUGCCCAGUAUUGUGUUUGAACUCUUGUAAUAGUAUUAACUUAAACACGUGUACUUUCUGUCAGUAACGGUUGUUUUCUAUGUAGAACACUUUGAGAAAUGGUACAUCAAUUGAUUCUUGCCACUGUUAAGUGUCCUGAAUCCUUUUCGAUAUUUGGAUGUUUAUCGAAUUCUAACUGUUUUAUAUGUAUAACUGCAUAUAAAUAUCGUCAAUCUUAAUGCGUUGUCAUAUGUUAUAUUACAAACAAAUCCUCCUUCA